GAUUUCGUAGUAAGUCCUCGACCAUCCCUGCAAAUUACCGCGAUGGCUCCCAAGAUCCUAGUCAUCCUUGUGUUCCUCGCCGUGGCCUCACCGGCGGCUCUGGCCGCCUUCGAUGUGAUAGAGAUGCUGGCCGACAAGCCCACGUACUCCACGUUCCUGAAGCUCCUGCAGGACACCAAGGUCGCGGGCGAGGCGAAUCAGCUCCGGUCGGCGACGCUACUGGUCGUCCCCGACAAACUUGCCAAGCCUCUGGCGUCGCUGCCCGCCGAUAAGGUGCGGCCGGCGGUGGAGAACCACGUCCUUCUCAGUUACUUCGACCCCAUCAAGCUGGACGAGAUGAAGACACGCACCGCCAUCCUCCCCACGCUGCUCUCCGUCACCGACAAGAAACUCGGCGUCCUCAACUACACCAGGGCCGACGACGGGCAGAUGUACUUCGGCGCUCCCGGCGCCCCCUGCGUGGCCAAGCUCGUGAAGGUCGUCGCAGCGCGGCCGUACUCUGUGUCCAUCAUGGAGAUCAGCGAGCCCAUUUUGCCGGCCGCGUUGCCCUCCCCCGUCGCGGCGCCCGGCCGCCGCGGCAAGGGUGGUAAGCGCAAGAUCAAGCCAUCAGCGGCAACCCAUGAGGAUUCCAACAUGAUCCCGCGCAAGCCCGUCGAAGCAGUGGUGGUGGGUAAGGGUAAGGUGGCCAAGGAUACCGUGUCCGAGUCACCUGCUCCAAGCCCCGCCCCCGUCUCCGCCCCUUAGUUGCGUGUUGGGCGCCGCUGCCCGCCGGCCCCCGGCCACCAUGCGUCGUGUCUGCGCGCGCACGCACGCAUUGAACGGGAGAUAGAAUAUGGUAUCGUUCAAUGCAGAUUGCCAUGCUAUAGCUCCAGAGUUUAUCUACCUGGUAGCACCAUGACACGAUGGCCCGUUCGUAUUUUCUGGCUUGCUCGUACUUUUCAGUUCCAUGGUUUUACAACACCUUUUACUCCCAGCAGAAAAUACAUAAUAUGCAUGUACUCCUCUUUUUUUCCGUAUAGUAAUAUAAACAAAUUUUCACA